AACAGCAACAGCAACUGCAACUGCAACUGCAACUGCAAUUCGCAAUUGCAGCAUAGCCCCAAAAGCCCAGCAUUCUGCACCUGCUAUUAGCGCUGUCAUCUGCCGGCAAUUCUCGAACGCUGCCCCGCCAUAGUCCUUGUCGUUCAUGUUGUUGUUGUUGCUGCUUCUGUGAUGAUUCUGUUGUCAUAAAGGAGCGCAGGCAUCGUCAACUCUCAUACUGACAUCCGGUCAUACAGGCAUCCCAGGCAUUCCAAGCAUCCAGAGGUCCAGACAUCAGGGCUUCAUCCACCAGCACUAUUUGCCAGUUAACAAUACAGGACAGCACCCUAUACGAGCAACGAAUAAAUCGAACUUGCAUUUUUUAUACAACGCUAAUGAAUUUUUGUAAACUUAAGACGAUUACACAAUUACGCCCCUGGGCGCAUUUCUCGAGACUUCAGCCAGGGCCACAAAUGCCCCAACUGUAGCAGCAGAAGAAGCAGAAUACUUUCCCAAUAGGAUCCCCACUCAUAAAUGCAGUGGAAGAAGAAGUUUACUCGAUUGAAAGCAGCUACUGGAAAUUCGCGUGUGCGAAGAAUGCUUUGUUGUGGACGUAGAAAGGAAAAUGGAAGAUCAGUUCCUGAUGUUACCGCUAGUCCGGGUCGUGCACCGCCCGGCCCGCUGCCCGCCAAUCAGAUAUCUGGCAUGGUCAACCAACAGCAGCAGCACCAUCAUGCCAAUCAGCAACAGCAGCAGCAACAGCACCAUGGCAACCAGCAACAGAAUCGCGGCCAAAACCAAAACACAAACGGAUCGGGCGGCGUCAAGGAUCCGGUGCUGUUGCAGGGUGACUUUCGCAAGGUCAGCGGCAUCAGUUCGGAGAUCUUUCGACAGAUAGAAGCCGUUGAGAACGAUCAUGAUCCGAAUACCGCUGCCGCUCUGGAGGCGGUGGAGCGGCGCGGCGAGAUGAUUGUUCGCAUUCUAGAGCCACGCUCCAUGGGCAGCAAGCAUGCGGUGGACGCAGCCCACAAGCUAAUGAACAAGGCCGAUGGCCGGCACACCGUGCAGCUGGUGGAGAUUGUGAAGCGACCCGGCCAAACCCUCGGCCUGUACAUACGUGAAGGUAAUGGCGCCGAUCGCACUGACGGCGUCUUCAUAUCCCGCAUAGCCCUCGAAUCGGCGGUCUACAACAGCGGCUGCUUAAGGGUGGGCGACGAAAUCCUUGCCGUCAAUUUGGUUGAUGUCACUCAUAUGUCGCUCGAUGAUGUCGUCAUCAUCAUGUCAAUUCCUCGUCGCCUGGUGUUGGCUAUCCGACAGAGGCGGGGCAAUCGUGGAGCUGGUUCACCGGGUCCGCCGACGCUGUCACGGCCGGAGCAAAAGCCGCCGCCAGUGGUGGUCAUUAAACGUGAUCUCCGAGACGAGGACCUGGACGAAACGGAUCGUAUGCCACGGCCCCGUUCCUCACGUGAAAGACGUACAGGUAGCGAUGGCCGCGAAAUGACCGAAUCGCGCUCCAGACUAGGCCUGGGCCUUAACAACUACAGUCCGCAGUCGGAGCAGCUGGACAUGUACUACAAUACACGUGCCGGCGUUAAUGCCAUGGGCGAACCACCAAACUGGGGCUACAAACCGCCGCCGCCCCCGUCCUCGGUCAUUACGGAGCAGCCGACAAAGGGACAUGCCUUUGCGCCGUCGCAUGCCUACUAUCAGAAUGCUGGCACGCUAGAGAGCCUGGCCGAGAAGGUGCACGCCUUCUAUCCGGGCGCCCCUGGUCAACCGCUUGGACCCUCGCGACGCAUGUCCACGGGCACCGGGAACGUGGGAUUGGCCCAGCAACAUGCACGUUUCCCGCGAUCCGGGUCGGAUCAGCAUUUGCCGCGUGUGGAAUACGCAGAUUACUCAAACUCAUUGGGCCGGCAUUCGCUGUUGCGUUCCAGCUUGAAGCCCGGAACGGCCGCACCAAUGCCUGUGGGCGUUGGGGGCACUCUGGGUCGCUAUGGACGUUACGAGCAACAACGUGGCGGUGUUCCCAAGUACGGACCGUCGCCAGCGGGUGCCCAGUCACUGACCCGUCGCUCGCGACCCAAUCUAGACUACUCGAGCGACACAGAAGCGACGAUCGGACCUCGUCCCAGUUACUAUUACUAUAAUCGGCCCGCGAUUGGCAGCAUGCCACGGGCAAGCGGCGUGAGUGGUGGAGCGGCUGCAGCAGCUGCUGCCAUGCUGGCCGGUGCCACAGAUCUCAACAAGUUCAACUCACUGCCGAGGGAGCGUCCGGGCGUUCGGUUACAGGGCAUACGUGCACGCAUCGGGGACCGCAUUCUCGAUGAAAACGAUGGAAACAUCUCGGCACCAGAAUACGAUGCGCGGCGUGGCCGUGAUUUGCGGCAACGGAUUACAGCCAGUCCGGGUCCCUCGAUCUUUACGGCGGACGAGUAUCGUGCGUGGUUGCGACGUGCACCCAGCAGCUCUGCCAUUGCGGAGCAGAUGCGCAUGACUAGGGAUAUGUUUGCCCAACCACGCUCACAUCGCUUCUCCUGCAGCGCUGAGAACAUCCACGAUGCCCUACGCAAUACCGAGAGCAUUUACUCCAGCAGAACGGGCAUUCUAGGCGCUGGUACGUUGGACCGUAAUCUGGGCCUGACUCGACCCAUCUCUGCACUGCCUGUGCGUUCGAUGUCCUCACAGCAUAUAGGCGGCGCUGGUUCCAUACGCUCACCCAGCAUCCGACGUAUGCGUCAGCUGCUGGAACUGUCUGCGGGCCCGGCCAGUCCUAGUGGUAGCAUCAUGAGUACGGCCGGUCAUCAGAGUCCGGCACCCACGCCCAGCGCCACAUUGCCGCGUCAGCAUCGCCAGAUCGACAUCAAUCCUGCGGAGUUCGCCAAAUACAAACUGGACAAGCCCAUUGUCGACAUCGGCGGUGUCUCGGGCAUGCUGUGGAUUCACCUACUGGCUGGUCGCGGACUGCGAACAGCGCCAGAGAUGGGUGCACAGCAUGCCGGCGGCGGAGCGCCACCUCAACUGACUCGAGAUCUCUACUGUGUGAUCGAGUGUGAUCGCGUACAUAAGGCGCGCACUGUCGUGCGCUCUGGUGAUCUGCAAUUCGACUGGGACGAGUCCUUCGAACUGGACCUGGUGGGCAACAAGCAGCUGGACGUGCUCGUCUACUCCUGGGAUCCGCAGCACAGGCACAAACUGUGCUAUCGCGGCGCCAUCUCGCUCUCAGCAGUGCUGCGGCAGUCGCCACUGCAUCAGUUGGCGCUCAAAGUUGAGCCACGCGGCACCGUCUACAUACGCAUGCGGCACACAGAUCCACUCGCCCUGUACAAGCGUCGUGGUCUGCCCAGUUUACGGGCCGGCUAUCCGACGCUGUUCGGCGCCGAUCUGGAGACGGUGGUCAACCGGGAGUCGAAAAAUGUGCCCGGCUGUGCGCCAGUGCCAAUUGUUCUCCGACGUUGCGUUGAGGAGGUGGAGCGGCGCGGUCUCGAUAUAAUCGGGCUGUAUCGGCUGUGCGGAUCGGCAACUAAGAAACGCCUGCUACGCGAGGCGUUCGAGCGCAAUAGCCGCGCUGUGGAAUUGAGCCCGGAACACGUUCCUGAUAUUAAUGUUAUUACCGGCGUGCUCAAGGACUACCUCAGGGAGCUGCCCGAGCCACUGUUUACACGCUGCCUCUUCCAGAUGACAGUCGACGCAUUGGCCGUCUGCCUGCCAGAUGAUCCCGAGGGCAAUGCGAAACUGAUGCUUAGCAUUCUCGACUGUUUGCCCAGGGCGAAUAGGGCUACCCUAGUUUUCCUGCUCGACCAUCUGUCGCUGGUUGUGUCUAAUGCGGAGCGCAACAAGAUGUCCGCUCAGGCGCUGGCCACUGUGAUGGGUCCACCGCUGAUGCUGCACUCGGCUAGCGCGCAGCCUGGCGCUGACAUUGAUCAUGCCCAGCCGAUUGCGGUACUUAAGUAUCUGCUGCAGAUCUGGCCGCAGCCGCAGCAGCAGCAACAUCAGCAGCAGCAGCAGCAUCAGCAGCAGCACCUUCAGCAGCAGCAGCAACAACAUACGCAGCAUCAGCAGCUGGCUCAGCACAUGGGCGGCAUGGCUGCUGCCAGCAGCAUGAGCAAUAUGGCGGGUGUUGCUUCAGGUCGGCGCGGCGAGUCAACAGGGCAGCGUGGAAGCAAAGUCAGUGCGUUGCCAGUGGACAGACAGCAAUUACUACUGCAGCAGCAGCAGCAGCUCAUGGCGGCGGGCAACCUACUGCGCUCGUCCACUUCGGUAACCAACAUACUCUCCCAAGGCCAUCAUCAGCUCUCAGCCACAGCCAACAGUCAUCUGUAUCAAUCAGUAGUGGGUCAGUUAGCUCAAUCGCAUCGAGCCUUGCAACAAGCGGUGCAACAGCCCUAUCAAUUGGCGGGCUCAGCGGUCUCAGCAAUUCCCGACCAAUCGCCACUGCCACUUCCAGGCACACCCUCCCCCGGCAGUAGCUCAGCAUCGACGGGCUCCGGCUCGGGGUCGGGCUCGGGAUCGGGUUCGGGCAAAAGCACUGAUACCAUCAAACGAGGUGCUUCACCCGCAUCCGUCAAGCAAGUGAAGAUAGUUGAUACGCCCAGCCCAUACUCUGUAGUGCAGAAGAAGCCACCCCUGCAAAAGGACGUCCCCAUAGAAGAAACGACGCCGCCAGAGGCCAACGCGAGCUCGAGCAUCCGCAAGGGCGUCGACUUCUAUGAACCGCUCAAACCGCACUCAAAAAGCUUGACGGGUGAUGAGUCGUAUUCGUCGAAGUAUUCGAGCAGCAUAUUGGACACCAAGAAGAGCAGCUACAGCAGCAGUUAUACGCCCGGCAAAUCCUUUAAUGCCAGCAGUGGCACCUCCACCGUUACUGCCAGCACCACCGAUGACUACAAGGCUAUGCGCAACAAGUCGAGCGCCACCUCAAGCUCCAGUUCAUCUCAGGCGACGGUGUUGAGCGCUGGCUCCACAGCCACUUCGGCGCCCACAACCUCCUCCGAUGACUCCGAUGAUUUGGUCUCAUAUAAAUCUUCGGCAUCCACAAAUGCGCUGUUGGCCCAGUCUCAGGCGAUGACCACCAGUCAGCUGAUGUCCAAAUACUUGAAACGCGAGCCACGCGUGCAGUUUACACCGAUCAAGUCACCGGAGUCACCAUCGCCGCCCGGCGGUAGUGAUGGCCUACCCAAGGGCACCUAUCAGCUGGUCACGCCCAGCUCGAGCUCCACCUGCUUGGCAAAGCCCAGCGCCACAACGGGUGCGAUAAGCAAGUAUACAACAUCGACGUCAUCGCCCAGCACAGCGGACACCAGCACCAAUCUAACCAGUAGCAACAAGCUGUCGUCGUCGCCAGCUCGGCAGACCAAUAAUGGAAAGUCGAGUGGCGCGGUAAGUAGCUCCUCAUCACUGGUGUCGAGUGGCAGGCGGCUGUUUGACAGCCUCGCCUCGUCGUCGUCCUCGGAGACGGAGACAAAGACCUACAUAGGCGGCACCACAGUUGCCAGCGCGGCCAGCACCACCACAACCUACACAAACGAAUCCAGGAAUGUUGCCAGCAACAGUAGCAGUAGCAGUAUUAAAGCAGCUUCAGGUUCAGAGCACAGAAGUUUUGGUAGCACACUUUUUGGCAGCAGUGCCAUCGGCAAUGGCAAUGGUCAUGUCUCCCACUCUAGCAACAGCCCCUUUGCCAGCACCAAUGGCAACGCCAAUGGCGGCAGCAGCAACCACAGCGCCAUGAACCUUUAUGGAACGUUGCCAAAGAACGGCGCUGGCAGCGGCAGCAGCGCAGGUGCCACUCUCUUCGGUGCCAGCGCCAGCUCGUCGUACCAUUCAGGCGGUGGCACGGCGAGCAGCAGUGGGGUUAGCUCCAUGACUGGGUCCACCAAUAGCUAUGAUUUCUACUCGAGCAGCAGCUCAGGUGGCAGCAGCUCGCGUCCCUUUGCCAAUGGUGGCAAUAACUACCACACGCUGGGCACUUAUCGCGCUCAGUACGCGGCCACCAAUCCCUUCCUCGAUGCCUUCGAUGAGAAGCCGAGCAGUAAUGGGGGAAACAAUGGGCAUAGCAGCCAUCAUGCUGCCGACGAUAAGCACGUAUCGAACCCUGAGAAGAGCCACCAACGUGCCUCAAUGGUGGCGUCCUUCCAAGCGUCGGGCGACUCAAAGAAUGGCAGCGAUGAAUACGAUGAUCUUAAGUGAGUGGCCCGCGGUGUGCGCUGGGCUUGCGUGAGUGGGGGCCGGUAUUAGGGAAUUUGAUUUGAUGGCAUUAACGAUUGAAAACGGUAUCAAAUGCUGAAAGUGUUCUUUUGGAGUAUUUACAGUUUACAAAUUUACAAGAAAAUAUUCAUCAAAACAAAAAACAAAAAAAAAAA